AUGGCAUCGUUUGGUGUGGCAAAUGGCCACAGCGGUGGCAGUGGACUCGGUGGCGAGGACGAUGACCCACUGUCGUUGCCGAAUUACUCGCCCGUGGACCAUUUGAACGUGCUAUUUCCCACGUCGGCCAAUGUUCAGAGGGUCGGCGAUAUCCGGGAUCUGGCCCAGUUGUAUGGCCAAUCACUCGAGUCUAAGCUGAUAAAUGGACGAAGGACAUCUGGUUCGACUGGCAGUAGCAGUAUCGAGGCUGUAUCGAAGACGCUGGAAGAGGUCCGGUCGUUGACAGACCAGAUCGACUCACUUCGGACCCAAGCUGCUAGCACUGAUCAGGCUAUAACAGCUAUGACCUUGGAUAUCAAAAAACUCGAUAAUACAAAAGCUAAUCUGAUUCAAAGUAUAACUGUAUUGAAACGACUUCAGAUGCUGACCACAGCGUAUAAUCAGCUGUCAUCACUGGUAGCACGUCGUCAAUACAAAGAGAUGUCACAAACACUUCCGGCAGUUAUGGAGCUAAUGGCUCAUUUCCGACAGUUUCGAAGCAUCUCACAGAUUGCCACUCUCAGUAAACAGGUAUCGGACAUCCAAGUACGCAUUUCCGACCAGAUUUUCGACGAUUUCGCUACUGUCAUUGAACACAAACCCGGUUCCCGAACAGUGGCUGGUUCAGCAGGUGUAUCUGGUACUGGCACUCCUGUACUGAAUGGCUCUUCUACAGGAUUCUCUGGUUCAGGAGCAGGCUCUGGAACCGGGUCCGCCACUCAAACCGGUGCACCGGCGUCGAUAGUGGAUAUCAGUGCUACUCUUGCUGACGCGUGUGUUGUGCUUGAUAGCCUGCCAGGGUCUACGGCAAGAGACAGACUGAUAUCAUGGUUUUGCAAUGUUCAGCUAAAAGAAUACCGGACCAUUUUUCGCAGUAGUGACGAGGCAGGGUCUCUGGAGAACAUUUCUCGUCGUUAUUCGUACUUGAAACGACUCCUCAAGACUCAUAGUGACGAGUAUGCUAGAUACUUUGUUCCAAGCUGGAAUGUUACUGAAGAACUGUGUAAACGAUUCUGUGCUACUACAAGAGAAGACAUUCAAGGACUGCUUUCACAAGUAAGCAGUACUCAGACUAAUCCAAAAGAAUCAGACGUUCAGUUACUGCUCAAUUCACUAAAUGAAACACUUGAAUUCGAGCAAUAUCUUGAGAAAAAGUUUAAAUAUAUGAACCCUCGACCAGCUUCAUCAUCAUCAACAUCGUCAUCAGAACCAUUUAAAUUUGCCAACUCUGUUUCAAUAGCAUUCCAACCACAUCUGAACAUCUGGAUUCAGUUCCAAGACAGAGCCCUGGCCCAGAAGUUCCAGGAGUUCAGAGCUGUUUCUCGACAUUCACAGAGCCAGGGCACGCGCAGCCAGACUGGAUCAGAUGAUAACGAUCAGGAAAAUAAAGACGACGAUGAUCCCACUGUGCUCCCGUCCUCAGCAGACUUGUUUAUAUUCUAUCGGUCAGUACUUACACAGACUGCCAAGCUGUCGAACCGAGAACCACUACUACAACUGUCAAAUCUGUUUGGUAAAUGGCUGACGGUAUACUGUAGCCAGAUUCUUCGAUCAUACAUACCGGACAGACUAGUCACCACUGAUGAUAUCAAGACCAUCUGUCUAGUAAUUACCACAGCAGACUACUGUUUCAACACCACAAAUCAGCUGGAGCAGAAGCUUGUAGACCAAUUGGAUCCGGAGUUUAAAGUUGGAGUCGAUUUGGAACGCGAGAAGGGCAUGUUUUUGGAAGUCAUCAAUUUGUGUAUCCGGAAUCUGGUAAGGAAAGUCGAGGCAGGAUGCGAGUUUGCAUGGCGCGAAAUGGCUAAUACAAACUGGUCCAAGGUUGAAACUGUUGGCGACCAGUCAUCUUAUGUUGCCGACCUGACGUCUAAUAUUGAACGUGACACUCUGGCUAUACUCGAAUGUAUGAAGAAAGAAACUCACGCUAGGAUGCUGUGCGAUAAGAUUGUCGAGGCAGUCACUGGAGACUUCCUUCAAAGCGUUGUCCGUUGCCGACCUAUUUCUGAGGUGUCUGCUGAGCAAAUGCUACUGGACUUGUAUGUAUUGAAGGGCUGUUUCCUGAAACUUCCCACAUUAGCCCAGAAACAACACGACCACGGGUCUAUGGAUAUCAAUGGCACUGACAAAUCAUCGACUGGAAUUCACAAUAAUGACAGUGGAACUACCAACGGUUUGACUACAGGCAGUGAGACGAGUACAGUGUCUAGUGCUUAUACCAGACAUGUAACCAAGUCGCUGUCACGGGUUGAGACGAUACUGAAGGUGAUUCUGACCCAAGUGAACCCUGCCGAGGGACUCGUACAAAACUAUUUCUAUCUUGUCGGAGACAAGUCGCAGCAGAACUUUGCCAAGAUCCUUGAACUCAAGGGUAUUACCCGUGGAGGACAGACGAGGUUCCUGGAAAUGUUUAAUGCCCACUUAAAAGCACACGAUAACCUUGUCGACGAGUCGCCGAUCCUGUCGAGUCUACAAUUGAAUCCUCUGGUUGGCAAGGGCACUGUAGUGGGAGGCUCGCGAGUGAGCAGCGCAUCACACAUCAACAUAGGCAUUGGCGGUCUGGGUGGAGCUGCAGGAAUAAUGGGGUCUGGCAGCGGAAUCAACCUCGUUGGCAGCAACAACAGCAGCAACAACAACAGCGGCAGUAGCAGCGGCAACCCGUUCCAGAACGGUAGUCAUCUGUUCGACACCAAAGGACCCUCGAUCCUGUCAAAAGAAGGCUUUGAACGCUUCACCCACGGUGCCGAGGCACCGGUAAACAAACUCAACGAGAACUUCCGUAACUUCGGCCGUCUGUUCCGUCGUGACGGGUCCGGGAGCCCGCUCGGCAACCGCAACAAUCACUAG